AACGAAGGCCGCACGCGGCCCACGCGCCGCGAGGCAGCCUCGUAGCUCACGAUCGGCGCCCCAUGGAGGACACGGAGCGUAUUACCAAAGACGCGCACGAUGCGUAAGGAGGAGCGCCCCCUGCUGGGCGGCAGCAAGAGCAGCUACGGCACCACGCCGAGCACGUCCGCACGACGCUGCGCCUGGCCGCAACGCCGAUACGUCGUGACCUUCCUGGGCCUCGGCGCGGCGCUGACGAGGCUCGGGCCGGCCACGGCCGGGCCGCCGACGCUGCGCCUCGUUGAGCAGCUCGAGGCGCGCGUGCGGCCGGGCGAGCCGCGGAAGUUGAGAAGGAGAGACCGCGGUAGUAAACUUGCGCGCCAGCGGUCCGCGUUCACCUGCGGGCUGAGCGUCGUCGCGGCCGCUUUGAUACUGGCGCCGCGCCUCGCGUGCGGCCCCGACGGUCGGAGUUCCAUGGUCCAGGGCGCGGGGCCCGGCGAGGCGCGAGUGGCGCGCGAGACGCGGGCCGGCUUUUUCUGGAUGGUGGCCUAUUUGUUGAUUGGCGUGCCGCACGACCUUGUGGAUAGAGAAUUGUUAAGGGGCGGCUUCCCGUACCCGCUGACGCUGACGCUGUGCCAGCUCGUUGUUAUAACAUGUCUGGGCUUUGUACUGGUGUACAACAAAGCCUCAAAGCCGUGGCGUUGGAAUGACGUGCUCCUCGGGCUCGCGAUAGGCCUGAGUACGGCCGUCGCCGCGGAGGUCAUGCGGGCGGGCGGUCCAAGGGUGGCGGCCGCCGGCGCGGCCGUGCAGGGCGUCUGCGUUUUGAUAAUAGGCUACGCCGUGAAAGAAUCGAGUGAAAAUGAAGAGUACGACUCGUGCUGGUGCGGCCGCAAGACGUCGGCGUACCCGCCGGGCGGCCACGGGGCGGCGCUGGCGCUAUUGGUGUGCUUCGGCGGGGCGGGCAUCGCCGCGUUAGGAGAUGCGCGAGUAGAGAGAAAUGCGCUGUGCACGGGCGUCCUCGCGGCGAGUCGUUUGAUCGGUGCCGCUUAUUUGGUGGCCUUCGAGCGGCGCUUCCGAGCGCAUGAGGAGUCCGUCGGCGCGGCGUUAUAUAGGACGACGCCCUACGCCUGCGCGUUGGUCGCCAUCGCGGCGAUACUGCUCGAGCUCGCGCCGACGCAUGUACAAGUGCCGCACAUCAACCACGUGACACACGGGGCCUUUCCUCGAUACGAUGGAGGCGCCUACCUGAUCGCGCCGUCUUGUGUGUUAGCGUCGCUGGACGCCUUCCUGACGCUGUGCGUCGUGAAGCGGUUCUCGGCGUUGAUCGUGGCGGUCUUCGCUUCUAUACGGGGGGCCCUGACGGCCCUAGCCGGUGCGGUGGCCUACGGCGACGUCAUCACGUCGUUAGAAUAUAAAGGCCUGAUGGUGCUCGUGCUGGGCCUCGCGGUCUGGUCGCUCGAGGUCGCGCGGGCCGCCCUGGACCCGUCCUCGUAUCCCGGCGCGGUCCUCGCCGCCGCCGAAGAUCCGGCCGAUGACACCGAGACGGGCUUCAUCCGCGAGACGACGCUGCGGCCCUCCGAAUUUCUGGAUGAGGACGCCGUGUCUUCGGAGGAGGAGGAGGACGUCGUGCUGUACGUCGCGCCCGGGGUUGGGGAUAAUAUUCGAUAGCGUAGUCUUAGCUCGCGCUCCGCGCCC